CAUACGUAUCAGUAUCACAUUUUUUCUUCAAUUUUACUAUAUAAUAUCAAGCUAGCGUGUAUUCGAUUAACAGUUCACAACAGCAAAAUAAGAUGUCUACAGUACCGUGCACUAUUUUAUUAAAAAGUAAAGAUGGUCACGCACUUCCAUCAAACCAUCUGAUCACACUUUGCAAACAUCUAUUUCGAUUUGGUAGGAAGACUGUGGAAAUGAAAGGGGACCAAGUAGUCCUGAAACUCUCCUACACCCCAAAAUCUGAGACGAUGGAGAGAAAACUUGGUAACCUACCAAUAGCAUACAUCCGAUUGGGUGUAGAAAGUGAUGAGGAACUAGAUAUAUUAAAAAAAUAUAUGCAAAUUUACGAUUUUGAUGGGAACGAAACCACAAGUGUGCCAGCAGGAGCCCUAGAGGAUGAGGAAGAAGAGGAGAAGAAGCUUGCGAUUGAGUCAAGUACAUUCAAGGAUCCUAAGAAAAGGAAGCAUAUAAAGAUUAGGAAGACUGACGAAAAUACAGAUGAAAAAAGAAAAAAAAUUAAAAUAUUGGAAAACAGAAUAAUAACACCUGCAUCUGCAUCCCCAUCAUUUACAGCCGUAUAUGAUGAAGAUGCGGACAUGUACGAAAGCCAAAAAUAUACUAUUGUACAAAAUUAAUAUUUAGUAUUGUUGUUUUAUAUAUGUUAUAUUGUAAAAAAAUAUUUAAAUAUUUUAUGUAUAUAGUAUCUUAUGGUUUUUAGUUUGUAGUAAAGGGAUUGUAUGAGUAUAUAGUUAAUAAAAGAUAGUAUUACAAU